AUGAGAGCUAUCGUCUCUGCUCUCAAUCGCACAUGCUAUCACAACGUGCGCAGUCCUUCAAUUCGAUUUGUCUGCCGUUAUGCGUCGCUCAAUGCCUCGCCGACUAAAGCAUUGCCCCUCUAUCGUGUGCAGCGCACCUUGAGAGAAUCGCAGCGUCGUCUGUACCAUAUAGACCACGGUGAACCCACCAUCUAUGCGCUCUCUACAGCUUCAGGGCGGGCUGCAAUAGCAGUCAUCCGUGUCUCUGGCCCAGCAUGUAGACAGAUUUAUCAAGGCCUGUGUCCAUCGACUGAAUUUCCGAGGCCUAGACACGCGACGCUCCGAAAGUUGUUUACUCCAAAUUUGCCACGCUCGCCUGCGACAAUUCUUGAUUCUGGUGCCCUUGUCCUAUACUUUCCAGCACCCAAAACCGUGACUGGCGAAGACAUUCUGGAAUUUCACGUACAUGGCGGCCCAGCAAUUGUUCGUGCAGUUCUGGAAGCCAUACCGCAAUGCGGCAUAGCACCAGAAACUCCCGGAUCAAUGCGCCUGCAAAUCCGGUAUGCUGAGCCUGGAGAAUUCACUCGACGCGCUUUCACCAACAACCGCAUGGACUUGCCUCAAAUCGAGUCGCUGGGCGAAACUUUGUCAGCUUCUACUGAGCAGCAACGCAAGUUGUCUGUGAUGGGCACAACUUCUUCGCUAGCCGUUCGCUACGAGCACUGGCGGAGCCUUCUACUGGGGGCGCGCGGAGAGCUCGAGGCUCUGAUCGACUUCUCCGAAGACCAGCAUUUUGACGAAACACCAGCAAUGCUAUGCGCUUCAGUUGCAUCCCAAGUCCGCGCCUUGAGCGUGCAAAUGGAUGCGCACAUUGCGAACGCCGUUCGUGGAGAAUUACUGCGUAAUGGCAUCAGUAUUGCGCUUCUUGGGGCGCCCAAUGCAGGCAAGAGCAGCUUGCUCAAUCGAAUUGUCGGACGAGAUGCUGCAAUUGUCUCGCAAGAAGCCGGUACAACACGAGACGUGGUUGAGAUAGGAUUGGAUCUGGGUGGAUGGCUCGUCAAGAUUGGCGACAUGGCUGGUCUACGCCGGGCGGGCCUCAUGGGCGGCGACGUGGUUGGAGCUGUAGAACAAGAAGGCAUCAGGCGCGCUAAGCAAAGAGCCCUCAAGUCGGACGUCUUGAUCGUCGUCCAGGAUGCCACGGCUGACAUGGACCCUGAGGUCAUGGAGACGGCGAAGCAGUGCGUUGACCUUGGCAUCAAUGUGAUAGUUGCUAUCAACAAGAGCGAUCAGCUGCCUGCUCUCGACACGGCUCGACAAGAAUGGAAGCAGAGAAUCCGUUCUGCACUCGGCCUUCGCGAGGACCAAGUCUGCUUCAUUUCGUGCAAAGAAAGCACCGCUUCGGCCACCGCCAACAUCCAGUCCUUCCUCUCCACCUUGCAAGGCACAUUCAAGUCGAUGACGGCAGCGCUGGUGCCCGACUCGGACCCCGAUCCAAGCAUAUGGCAAGAGUCUUUGGGCGCAACCGAGCGCCAGCGUCUUCUGCUGUCCGAGUGCCUAAGCCAUCUUUCCGGAUUCCUCACCACGGUCGGCAGCUCGCCUCCUACCGGUGAGGAUAUAUCAAGCGAGGCUGAUGAGGUUGAUAUUGUGGUGGCUGCGGAGUGGCUGCGCUCCGCUGCCGACGCCCUGGGCCGCAUUACGGGCCGAGGGGAGAGUGGCGACGUCGAGGAAGUUUUGGGGGUUGUUUUCGAAAAGUAA